GGGCCCCUGGGUCACCCAGCCACACCUAAGCAGGUGUCCUGCCUGAGGGACAUCCUUUCCAUCCUCUCCAGCCCACCACCCACACCACCGCAUCCCUCUGCUGGCAAGAGGGGACUUGGCUCAUCCUUACAUCAGCACUCACUACCCAGCUGAUCAAGAUCCAGCAAGAACGCAACAGAACCUUGUUUGCCUCAGAUCAACAGUGGAUGACCAGUCCCUCUCAACUAACUCAAAAUGUUUAUCUCACCCAGGAGAUGGAACUCCCGCAGGGCUCCUCUGGCCAACGGACACGCCUAUCUGCCGUCCUCAGCCUGCUAUCACUCAGCCUCUCCACAACAUCCCUGCUCAGCAGCUACUGGUUUGUGGGCACACAGAAGGUGCCCAAGCCCGUGUGCGGGAAAGGUCUGGCAACCGAGUGCUUUGACGUGCCGGUGCCCGUGGAUGGCGGCAUCCCCAACGCAUCAUCCCAGGAGGUGGUGCAAUACAGCUGGGAGGCUGGGGAUGACCGGUUCACCUUCCUUACCUUCCGCAGUGGCAUGUGGCUAUCCUGUGAGGAAAUCAUGGAAGAACCAGGGGAGAGGUGCCGAAGUUUCCUUGAACUCACACCACCAACCGAGAGAGGUGAGAAAGGACUACUGGAAUUUGCCGCGUUGCAAGGCCCAUGUCACUCCGCUCUCCGAUUUGGAGGGAAGCGGUUGAUGGAGAAGCCCUUCCUCCCCCACCUCCCCCUGGGGCUCGUGGCAAAGAUCCUCUGGUUAUCACUGGGAGCCCAGAUCACCUACAUCGGACUUCAAUUCAUCAGCUUCCUCUUGCUACUAACAGACUUGCUCCUCACUGGGAACCCUGGCCAUGGGCUCAAGCUGAGCGCCUUUGCUGCCAUUUCGUCUGUUUUGUCAGGCCUUCUAGGGAUGGUAGCCCAUAUGAUGUACUCACAAGUCUUCCAAGCAACUGCCAACCUGGGUCCAGAAGACUGGAGACCACAUACUUGGAAUUAUGGCUGGGCCUUCUACAUGGCCUGGGUCUCCUUCACCUGCUGCAUGGCAUCAGCUGUCACCACCUUCAACACCUACACCAGGAUGGUGCUGGAGUUCAAGUGCCGGCACAGUAAGAGCUUCAAAGAAAACCCAGGGUGCCUACCGCACCACCACCAGUGUUUCCUUCAGCAGCUGUCACGUGCAGCCCACCCGGGAGGGCCCUUGCCCAGCUACCACCAGUACCCCAAUCAGCCGCCCCACUCGGUCUCUGAAGGAGUUGACUUCUAUUCAGCGCUACAAAACAAGGGGUUUCAACAAGGGACCAGCCAGGAGCUAAAAGAAGCGACUGGGGCCGCUGUAGAGGAAGAACAGUGUUAGGUACUAAGUGGAUUUGGAGAGCUGGCUGAGCCUUCCAUGUUGUUUCUCAUCAACAUCUGCUUAAGCCAAAGUUUGUCUCUUGAGCAUCAUUUUUAGAGGCUAAGAAUACCAGGGGCUCUUCAGGUCCAAGUCCAAAGGGGUGCCUGGGUGCCAUUGCUCCCAUUCCUUCUAUGGCUCUGUCUAGUUCUACCCAUUUCCAAUAUCUCAUGCACCCCAAAUUCCUUUCUUCCCUUUACUGCUUGUGUGCCAGGCUCUGGUCUCUGCAAUGGAUAAAAAGAGGAGUAAAAUACAGCUCCUGUC